GUUGUGAAUGUUGAAGUAAACCACUUAAACUCAGCUGUAAAUACAUGUAUAUGUAAACUGUUCUGUAUACCGAACUAUAAUUUUAUAACGUAUAUCAUUUAUACUUGAUGGGAUAAUGUUAACAGUGAGGAUAAAGCAUGUUGUUAUCUGGACUUUUUUCCUGUGUGGAUUCACGGCUGUUUUCCAAGUGGCCUACGCCCAAAUAGUGUUGACUUCCAACUCAACUCGACAAGCAGAGCACUCAUCAAUUCAGCUCACAUGCAUACCACAUUCCAAUAUGAAUGAUUUUGCAGAUUGGUAUGUGAUAAAAUAUGGUGCACUGACUGAGAAAUAUGUUCUGGCAACACAGGUGCAGAACACUAACCAGUGCAAUUACUCUCCAUUCACCACGCUUCCUAGUUACAUGGAGUGUACAUGCAGGUCCAGAGAGUACACCUGCAUCAUCAAAAACCUGACACUUGACCAAGACGGAGAUCAGUGGAGAUGUAAGGGUGCUCCCACAAUUGGAUCUGAGGAGUUGACAAGCGAAAGAGUUACUAUCCAGACAUUUAUGGUGUAUGGGGUGGUCAGCGCAGAAUUAGUUCUUUGUCGAUUUGCAGCAGUUCCAUCGGGAAGUCAGGCAAAACCGGUUCUCACCUAA